UGAGAGAGAGAGAGAGAGAAAGAGAGAGAGAAAGAGAGAGAUACGAAGCAGUGGCUGCAGACCCGCGCAGGAUCCAGUUGAGGCACACAGCUCUGCCACCGAGCAUCAAGGGGACGGCGUCAGCUGCCGUCGGAGGCUGGACAAGAGGUGGCACAUAGCCAACUUCCACCCACCCCCCUUUCCAGGUUCUCCUGACCAGGUGAUUGAUGAAGGAAGUCAUGCCGGUGCUCACGGCAGGCACAGGACUGCACGAAACUCUGGCCCUGCUGACCUCGCAGCUGAGGCCAGAUGCCAAUCACAAGGAGGACAUGGUGUUCCUCAAGGACAUCUUCAGCGAGAAAGGCCUGGGCAACCUCAUGAAGAUCCACGAGAGGCUGCGACAAUACGAGCGCCAGAGCCCCACACCAGUCCUGCACAGCGCCUCCACCCUGGCUGAGGAUGUUGUGGAGGAGUUGCAGAGUGGGCCAAUGAGCAGCGAGGAGAAGGAACUAAUGCAGCUGCUGAUGUCACCACACAUGAAGGCUGUGCUCAGCGUGCACGACACUGUGGCGCAGAAGAACUUUGAUCCGGUCCUGCCUCCGUUGCCUGAUGACCUGGAGGACGAGCUGGAGGAGGAGUCGGUGAAGAUAGUGCGACUAGUAAAGAACAAGGAGCCCCUGGGGGCAACCAUUCGCCGAGAUGAGACUACGGGGGCUGUCGUGGUGGCCCGAAUCAUGAGGGGUGGUGCUGCAGAUAGGAGUGGUCUCGUGCACGUAGGCGACGAGCUCCGUGAAGUCAACGGCACCUGUAUCAUCCACAAGAGGCCCGACGAGAUCAGUCAGCUGCUGUCCCAGUGUCAAGGAUCCAUCACGCUCAAAAUUAUCCCAGCCAUCAAGGAAGAGGACCGGCUGAAGGAGAGCAAGGUGUACAUGAGAGCCCUGUUUGACUACGUGCCCUCUGAAGACAAGGCCACGCCCUGCCAGGAGGCAGGACUUCCUUUCAAGCGUGGGGACAUCCUGCAGGUGGUGAGCCAGGAUGAUCCCACCUGGUGGCAGGCCAAGAGGGUGGGGGACAGUAACCUGCGAGCUGGGCUCAUGCCUUCCAAGAGCUUCCAGGAGCGACGGCUGGCUUACAGGACUAAAAUGGGCACGCUCCAAAAUCCUAGAUCACCAGGAAGACACCUUUAUGACCAGGGCUGUGAAAAAGAGGACUGUGACUGUGAGGGAUAUUUCAAUGGACAUUACAUAGUUUCUCCAAAGUGUAAGCCUGUUGCGCCCUCCUGCGGUCAAGCUUUUUCCUGGGAAUUUUACACAGCCGGCUUGCGAAGGAGCUUCCGCUUGAGUCGCAAGGACCGCCAGGAGUCCCAGUCCAAUGAGGACAACUCCGACUUCCUGACCUACGAGGAGGUGACGCGACACCAGCAGCGCCCUGGCGAGCGGCCACGUCUGGUGGUGAUGAUCGGUUCCCUGGGAGCUCGGAUCAAUGAGCUGAAACAGAAAUUGAUAGCAGAGAACCCCCAUCGCUAUGGCGUUGCUGUGCCGCACACCACAAGGCCCAAGAAGAGCCACGAGAAGGAAGGCGUGGAGUACCACUUUGUGUCCAAACAGGCCUUUGACGCUGAUGCCCAGAGCAACAAGUUCAUUGAACAUGGGGAGUACAAGGAAAAUCAAUAUGGCACCAGUCUGGAGGCCAUUCGUUCAGUACUAGCCAAGAAUAAGCUGUGCAUCGUAGAUGUACAACCGGAGGCACUGAAGACUUUGCGUACAGCAGAGUUCAAGCCCUAUGUGAUCUUUGUGAAGCCACGGAUCCCGGAGAGCCAACGACAACGACCCAGUGACGGUGCAUCGCCAUCAACAUCUGAGCAGUUCCGUGUCACGGAUGAGGAGCUGGAGGAGAUGCGACUGUCGGCUAUGCGGAUUGACCAGGAGUACGGUCACUUGGUGGAUCGGGUCCUAGUGAAGGACGACACGAUUAGUGCCUGUGCAGAGCUACGGUGCAUUCUGGAGCGGCUAGAGCGGGAGGCCUUCUGGGUCCCUGUGAGCUGGGUGCGGACCUAGUCCAAACAAUCUGGGGGUCCCUGGCACCCUCUUUCUCUGAGUCCUUCUCUUACCCCUGUCUGUCUGUCCCAUCACACGGACAUGCAAAAAUCCCAGAGACAAAUGCACACAAGGUGGGUCCUGAAGGGUGUGGCAUGCCUUAAUGCAGGGCAUUCCAAACCACUCAUACCCACAUCUAUAGAUGUUCUACACCUCAACCAGAGCAAUCCCCCUGUGUUGACAAAUGAGACAGGUAAGUUUCCCUUUGGGAGGAGCAGUGAGGGAAAAAGAUGGCUGAGACCUGCUGGUGGUCAAAGAAGUUAUAGAAGUUUGUAGAGCCGUUGGACUUGGAACCCUGCAUGGACCCCUCAUCUAUGAAGACUUAGUCCAAGUUCAGAUCAGUCCCUUUAGCAUUUUAUGGUUAUUUAUUUGAUUACUGAACUGUUUAUAAACAACAUAAUUUAUCACAGCAGGAACUCUAUGUCAUAUCCCACUCUCCUACGGCUCAACCUGAAGAGCUGGAACAGGGUGUCAAUCAAGGGCCGCUUGGUGGGGAAGCGGUUUCAGCAAGUAUCUUGGCUCUAACCUCAAGAGAGCUGUCAUCACAUCACAACCAUUUCCAGUUUUCAUUCACUGAUUCAGCGGAACGAAGUGCACAGCUGGAUGAGCAGGGUACGCAACGUACUAUAGAUGUCUGUCCACUGCUGAAGACCAAAAGGCCCUUAAAGUUAUCCAAGACAUCCUCAGUGAAGCCUCUUCUGAACAUAAAAAAAGGAACAUUUCAACCUCAUGGUGCUUCCUUCUUUUCAUUAUCCUGCAGCCAUGUGAAUGAACAAGGUCUUUAUAAAGCUGGUGUCUGAGAUGUAAAACAGUCUUUACCAUGAGUCCAAAGGUCAACGCAAAUCCAACGCCUUCCAGUACAAAAUGUUCAUGGUGUGCUACACAUCUCUGUCACAAAACAGGUCUUUUUCUGCAUCAUUCAGCAACAAAGACACCAAGGACCCUUCAUUUCGGUUUCAAGCAAAUCCCUUCAUGCAAAUAUUAAUAACUGCACAAACGGCACAGCGUGAAUACCAUUUUGUCAGUAUGAAAUUGCAAAUCAUAUCAAUUAUUCCGACUGAGGUUGGUAUGAGAAAAGGAUGAACCCAGGCAGCAAUGCAGUUCUACAGGAAAUCCCAAGGAGUUCAGUGGUUUUCCUUCUCUGUGUGACAAUAUCAUUACAGCACAAAUAAGCAACCAAACUGUCACACAUUGUUAAAAUUAAUGCAAAUAUAUGAGCCCAAAAAUCAUUCCAUAACCAUUACGUUGAGACUGGACUGCGGCAAUGUGAGCAAUAUAAAAAUCGGCUAUAUUACCCACUGAAGCGUUCAUAUAAAAGACAAAUAUGUUUUAAUGUAUAAUAGAGACUGUACUCCGCAACAACCCAUCACUGCAGUGUCACCCAUCUGAGGAUGAUUUGCAACUAUGUUAUUUGUGUAAAAAACCUGAAACCUGUGGAAUGUGCCAGAAUCCCAAAGCCUCUGAAUCCCACACAAAAUGUUUCCAUAAGCUCUUACUGUAAUGUACUGUUACUUGUGAACCCAUUAUUCAGGUUGAAUUUGU